AUGGCGGCUUCAAAGGAGGAGAACGGCGCUUCGAUGGGCGAGCCCAUGAAAGAUUUCGCGGUCAGCCCAAACCCAAAGGAGCGCAACGAGGACCACCGACAGGAGUCUGCAUUUGAGACGCCGCAGCGUUCUCCACUCUCCCGCACCGCAGACGAAAUCCAGAAGAGCGUCUUCUCCACCCCGAAGAGCUUCGGGUCGUUUAACAUGGAGGAAUUACUCUCCAACAUAUGGAAUCGUGAAGAAGGGAACAUCACAGCGAGCGAUCCCGGAGACGGAGACCCAGACUUCAACGAACAUCAUCCCAAGGCCGACGGCCAGCCUGCCGCGGAGCCGAAGGUGACUGCCAUUGGUGGCCGGUCAACAUCAACAGCCAUACACGGGAAAAGCUCGGCCCCCGUCACGGCAGCCCUCGGUCGGAAGACGGUGGAUGAGGUGUGGUCGACUAUCCACGAGGGACAUGAGCAGCAUCGGGAGGAUUGUUCGCAGCAGCAACAGGAUCUGAGUUCUGACAACUCCGCCCGCGAGCCGACACUUCGGUCGAUGGCCCUAGAAGAUUCCCUGGCCAAGGCAAGAGCAGCGCGGGAAGGGAGCAACUUCCUUCUUUUCACUCAGCAUAACCUCGGCCAGUCCCAACUCUCAGAGCGUCUGCAUGAGAGCCACCACCUGGACGGGAUUCCCGGCAUCCACUUGACGGAAGCGAUGCCAGAGUCCGCCCCAGCGGCGAGUCUGGCCCGUCAUGACCACCAACUCCUCCAUGCCACUACCGUCGUCGGCGCCCACCGCAACACGGCGCCGCUUUUUAGCGUUGGAUCGUCGGUCAUCCCCAUUUCCUCGGACGGCUUUGGUGGAGGUUGGGGGGUCGGCUGGAGCAAUUUGGGCGGCCAGUGGACGACAAAUGUAAUCGGGGGUUCCAGCAGCCGCGGAGGCGGAGACGGGGCGGCUGGUGCCCCUAGCGGCAGCGCGGUGGGGAAGAAGCGGAAACAGGCCAGCACGCUGGAGCUUUUAAUAGAGCGCCGGCAGAAGCGGCUGAUCAAGAACCGCGAUUCGGCCGCCCGGUCGCGCGCCCGGAAGCAGGUACGUUCCCUUAAGAGUCCUCCGCGGGCUCGCCGUUCAGCCGUUACUCGGCCAUUUUAUCUCUUGACGGUGCUACUUAAACAGGAAAAGAAAAAUGUAAAUGGAGUAGGAAAAAUAUCAAAUACGCGGAUGAAAAAAAACCAGCUGUAGUAUCUGACAUGAAUCAACUCCUUCUGUGGCGACAUGAAACUCAGGCCUACAUCGUGGAGCUGGAGGCGGAGCUGAAUCAGCUCAAAGAAGAGAACGCCCGACUUGUAGGUGAAGAGGUAGAUGAGUCAAGAGCUCGAGUUGAAAUGUAAGCCAAUGCACGCACCUUCUGCCUCGUCGCUGCUAACCGGAGUAGCUCCCUUUUCCUUUGACAGCUGCGGCUCUCGGCACAGAGGCGCCAGAUGUUGGUACGUCUUCUUCUUUUCUUUUCGUCCCUUUCGCUGUUGCAUCGCGCUGUUUCUUCGACCGGCGGCUCGUUCCAGAGAUGCUGUCCAAUACCAGCUUCGAUGCCAUACUACAGCUCUUGGAGUCCAUAACGAAGCGGUCUCAGAUACAUCUUCAGAGGAAAACCAAUGACCCGAGGAAGUGCAGCAGCUGCCGUUGGUGA